ACCCCACUACAACAUUCAGUCGCACUCAAGACUUUGUUCAGUACAGACCUGUCCAAGCGAGUGGAGUUACACAGCGCCAUACGCAGCCGAUAUUUCGUCAUAACAACAUUGUGAUAGUGAAAAAAAUCAUUUAGGACGUGCAAAGUGGGAGUGAAACAUUUUUUUAUAAUAAUUUACUGUUUUGAAAACUAAUUGUGAACGAUAGAACGUUUGUGCAUCGCCGUUUUGUGGAUUAUGAUAUAUUGUACCCACAAUUUGGAUAAUUCCGGAUAAGGAGUACACAAACACCGCAAAUAUUUAUAACCACAGUGAAGAUUCGUGCGGACCAGUCGUCGUCCGCCGAAACAUGGUUGCAGAGUUCAUCCUGAGCCAGCAGCAGCUGCUGAGUGGAGCCGGCGGCGGAGCCCUAGGCCCCGUGCCCCCACAGUCCCGCGCGCCGCCGCCCCCGCGCGCGCGCCUCUCUGUGUCCCCGCACUUCCCCAUGGACCAGAGCCAAGGCCCCGUCGGUAGUCCCGGCGACCCAAAUGACUAUUCACCCUUCGAGUUCAACAAACGCAAGGAAUUCUUCGGACAACGCAAGCAGAGGGAGUUCAUCCCCGACAGCAAGAAGGAUGACGGCUACUGGGACCGUCGUCGGCGGAACAAUGAAGCCGCCAAGCGAUCCCGGGAAAAGAGGCGCUUCAACGACAUGGUGCUCGAACAGCGCGUCGUCGAACUGUCCAAGGAGAACCACGUGCUCAAAGCACAACUCGAUGCGAUAAAGGAGAAAUAUGGAAUAUGUGGCGAGACCCUCAUAAGCAUAGACCAGGUGUUGGCAACCCUUCCUACUUGCGACCAGGUCCUAUGCGUAACGAAGAGGAGUAAGCUGUCGACCAACACGCUGUUCCCGGCGCCACCCCCGCCGCCCCCCGCGCCGCCCGCGUCGCCACCCUCCCCGCCUCCGCAGCGCCAGCCCGAGCCCUACCAGGAGCGGCUCCCGGCGCCCGAGGCCUACUACCCGCACCCCGCACACUACGAGCCCCCCGGCUCCGUGCUCAACCUGUCCAGAUCUCGCCGCGUGCCCUCCCCCUACGAGCUAUCAUCCCUCUCAGGCUCAGGGGACGAGACCGCUGAACAAUACGCGCCCGAAAACAACGGGCUGCCGCUCAAACUUCGCCAUAAGUCCCACCUCGGCGACAAGGACGUCGCCAGCGCCCUGCUGUCCCUCCAACACAUAAAGCAGGAGCCGGGCCCGCGGUCCUCGCCCUCUUGGGACGGCGAGGGCUCCAGCGACGAGCGCGACUCCGGCAUCUCCAUCGGCGCGGAGUUCAGGCCGCAGCGGCCCGAGGACCGGCUGGCGGAGGAGGAGGACGCCCACCUCAAGGCGGAGCUGGCGCGGCUGGCCACGGAGGUGGCGACCCUCAAGAACAUGAUGCACCAGAACAAGGCGCGCGCGCACGAGCACUGAGCUGUCGCCGCCUGCGCCUGGACCGCGCAGCCGCCCCCGCCCGCGCCCGCCGCGCCCCCGCGCCCCCGCGCCCCGCGCGCCCCGCGAUGACGUGCCGAACUCGGUCGUACAAACUGUCUCCCCUCCCUAGUAGAUGAAGUUACCACGUUGUAAAGAGAUGAAUAUUAUAUUGUAUCAUAUUGUGCAGCUGUAAGCGGCUAAGCCGCGCGCCUAAUUGUAAUCCUUCCUAGUAGUUGUUAUGUCGUGGUCGGUGUACUCGCUGUACUCGGUGUAUUGUAUGUACUCGUGUAGGGUAGACAGACUUAGUGGCAGGUCGUCGUAGACGCGCCUCCUGGACCCUUUCGUAUGAAAAUGAGACUAAUUAUGUUCGGUUUACAGACUUUUCGAAAAGAUUAAACUUGUCUACUCAGUGAUAGGAUAUAAAAAAAUGCAUUUUUAGUGAUGAGCUAUGUAUGUAUAUGUAAUUAAGUUAUAGAAGUAGAUCUGUUUCAUCUAUUCGAAGACUCGAUAGUGAAAAAAUCGAUGGCUAAAGACUAUGUUCUUAUAAGUAGAGUUUAAGUUUUGAUCUAAGUAAAUUUAAGUCCAACUUAGAUGGUUAUUUAUAAAAAUUAAUGUAUAUUUCUCAUUUCGGAAUGCCGUUAAGUUCCAAACCAAAAAGAUGAGAGGUCCUCUGGUUAGCUGUCGAGAAAUUGCAGUAAUUGUAAGACAUAGAUACAUAACCUAUCCUAUAAAACAGAUGUAUUCAUAAAACAGGAUUAAGAAUACCAGUGCCUUUGACAAUACAUACCUACCUUUAUAAAUAGCUACCUAAAGGAAUAUUUUUGUACACUUAUAGUAAAAAAAGAAAUGGCGAUUUCAACCUUUGGAAAAUCCCUACUACGAGUCCGUGUCUCGUCGGCAACUCGCUUCUGAUUCCUCGUGGAGUGAAAACUCCUUAGCAUAAAACUUUUUGCAAACAAGUUGCGAGAACACGGACUGAUAGUAGGGUUCACGUAAAAUUUGUAAUUGUAUUGAAUCCUAAGAAAUGGUAGAUUGCAAGUAUUUCUGACGUAUUGUAAGAUUACUCCUAGUAUUGCCCUUAAGGGCAUGUGAUAGGACUGAGAGGAGUUAUACUAAGUAUUUAUUUAUUAUUCGGACCGAGAAAGAGGAUUUUACAAUUUAUUAUCUUUGUAUAAGAAACAAUAUACGAUACGAAUAAAUUGUGUACAUUACAAUUA